AUGGGUUUUCCAGCGGCGAUGGUUUAUUCUCAGUUCACAGGUCGUCUUUCAAAGAAGGAAAGAGAGAUCGAUCUCUCAUCUCUUCAUCUCUUGGCGGACGCAGCUGCAUUGGUGUCCGAGGGAAAGCUGAGUCUCCCUUCUUCCAUCUGUGACCUUGACGAUGAGAAGAAGGAGACGGCCGUGACCACCACUUUUGGGCCAACCUGUGUUGGAUGGGUCGUCAGGAAAAAAAGAACGCUGCGAGCGCGAAGGCCGACAUUCCACGCCCAGAAGUUGGAGUCUGAUCCAGUUGUUAGCAAGCAAGAAACUUGGAGAGGGGUCGCUGAGAACUGCAAGAAGCGGCCACGUGCAUUGGAUUCCACUGAAACCCAUAAACCGGAUAGGGUUUCCAAGAAACCCAAAAAAACUCUGAAGAAAAGUCCCGCGGUUUUUACCAGACCAACCGAAUUGCCGACAAUCUUCAUGGACAAAGUACUAGAGAUGCGUGGCCGGGAUGUGAGGCUUGUGGUGGAAAAGCAUCUCUCUGCCACCGACAUGAAUCCGGGCCAAAGCAGGCUCUCGGUACCCAAGUCGCAGGUUCUUACAGAAUUUUUGAGCGACCAAGAGAUUAGAACUCUGGACAGCAAGAAAGGCAUUAACGUUUCUCUCGUCGACCCCUGUCUCGAAGUAUAUCACGGAUUGCAACUCAACAAGUGGAGUUACUCGGGCAAAACUUUUUCAUAUGUGUUGACCAACCGGUGGAACGCUGUCGCGCAUCCGAGCAAGUCGAAUGGACUCGAAAAGGAUGGUCUCGUCCAACUAUGGUCUUUCAGAGUCGAUGGCAACCUUUGCUUUUGCCUCACGACUGUUAAAGCACCAGAGUCCGAUACAAGGGAAAGUAUGGCUACCCACAGUGGAAUUCUUCAUUCUAUUUCGGAAAGUAAUUCAUGA